UAUACAUUGUACAUCGUAUUGUUAUCAUGAAUUAAAGGAUCGUCACAGGCGCCGUUAACACCGGAACAGCUGUUAGUCGUCCUGCCCGUUAUCAGUCCGUCGGUCCAACGUUAAUCGGUGUAUCACCGAAACGGUCAGUCAACGCUCGUCGUUCGUUAUAAUUGUGUUUCGCCAGUCGCCGAGCAAACUUUUACCGAAUCCUGCGACCCGAAGACGUACACCAUGUCCUCCUGUGCCGCCCACCAAGCCGUGAACUUGCACGAGUGCCUGGACCUGAUCACGCGACUCUCGCGACACGCCGGAAAGAUUAUCAAAUCUCGAAUCAAUCAGAAGAAAACAAUUGAGACUAAAGCUACUUCUAUUGAUUUUGUCACAGAAACUGAUCAAGAAGUAGAAAAGUUACUAAUUGAAGGGAUUAAACAAAAAUAUCCUAAUCAUAAGUUUAUUGGUGAGGAAUCAUUUGCUGCGGGCAUUAAAGAAAAACUGACAUCGGCUCCAACUUGGAUCAUUGAUCCAGUGGACGGCACCACAAAUUUUGUGCAUAGCUAUCCAAAUGUUUGCAUAUCUAUUGGUUUGGCUGUUGGCGGAGAAGUUAAGUUAGGAGUUAUCUUCAAUCCUGUCUUAGACAUGUUUUUCCGAGCAAUCAAAGGCGAAGGAGCAUUUCUAAAUGAUGAACCUAUCAAAGUUAGUGGAGUAAAAAAUUUGAGUGAUGCUUUGGUUGCUGUAGAAUUUGGUUCAUCCAGAGAUGAAGACUUCAGAAGCAUUGUAGCCCACAACAUUAAUUAUUUGGCAAAACAUGCCCAUGGCAUUCGUGCUGCUGGUUCAGCUGCUUGGAAUUUAGCUCAAGUUGCUAGAGGAGCUAUAGAUUUGUAUGUAGAAAUGGGUAUUCAUGCUUGGGAUAUGGCUGCAGGUGAUAUUAUAAUUAGAGAGGCUGGAGGUUCUGUGAUGGAUCCAGCUGGUAAAGAAUUUGAUUUGAUGAAACGAAGAGUAUUGGGUUCAUCUUCAAUAGAGAUUGCCAAUGAAGUGUAUCCAAACUUGCAGCAGUAUUAUCCAGAACAUGAUUAAACAUUUUUAAAAAAAUUUUAUUUAAAUAAUUAUACAGUAAAAAUUAUUGGUUAGAAACUUCUAAACGCAUGUGUGAAUAUUUCAUUACAUUGUAAUAGUUGUCGUUGUUAAUUAUUUAUGAGUAUACCAUGGACCAUUGUUUCAGUGUGAUAAAAUUAA